CCGGGUCGUGCCCUCAGCGGCGCCCGCAGGCGGCGCUGGAGGCGCGGGCGCUCGGCCUCUGCUCCCAAGAUGGCGGCGGCCGCCUGCGUGCCGGUGCGGGUCUGCCACCAGGAGAUCGUCAAGUUCGACCUGGAGAUCAAGGCGGCCGUGCAGGACAUCCGGGACUGCCCGGGGCCGCUGAGCGCCCUCACGGAGCUCAACGCCGCCGUGAAGGAGAAAUUCCGGCAUCUCCGGGGCCGCAUCCAGGAGCUGGAGCAGAUGGCGAGGGAGCAAGAUAAAGAGUCAGAGAAACAAGCCUUGCUGCAGGAAGUGGAAAACCACAAAAAGCAAAUGCUUAGCAAUCAGGCGGCUUGGAGAAAGGCAAAUCUGGCAUGCAAAAUUGCUAUUGACAAUGCUGAGAAAGAUCAACUGCUGCAGGGAAGAGACUCCUUGAGACAAAGGAAGACUACAAAGGAAAGUCUGGCAGAGAGUGCAAGUAACAUCACGGAGAGUCUGAUGGGCAUUAGCAGGAUGAUGUCACAGCAAGUCCAGCAGAGCGAGGAGACUGUGCAGACCCUAGCCAAUUCUUCACGAACCAUCCUGGAAGCAAAUGAAGAAUUUAAGUCCAUGUCUGGGACAAUUCAGUUGGGGCGAAAGCUAAUAACAAAGUACAAUCGCAGGGAACUGACAGACAAGCUGCUAAUCUUUCUUGCCCUUGCCUUAUUCCUGGCCACUGUGCUCUAUAUUUUGAAAAAAAGACUCUUCCCGUUCUUGUAAAAUUCCAAAGCUAAACUGAACUAUUAUGAAAGAUUAGAAAGGGAUGGCAUAAUAAUGUUAGGCUUAUUAUAAAAGGGAUAUUGCAAUAGCUGAAAGAGUGUUAGAGCAGGCAUGACUUCAUACUGUCCCCAUGGAGUACACAACCUGACUAAGAAGAGCUUAAAUGAAGACAAGUUGGGAAGAAGCGGUUAGAUCAAAGUGUGGAGAGAAGAAACACCAAUCUGCCUGCAGGUUUGGGGAAGCAGACAAACACUUGAGGAACUAGGCACUCAGAGGUGCCAGUCUUACCUUUUAUCCUCUCUUCAUUUUGCCAUGAAAUUAACUUUUCCCUUUGGUUUGAACUGGAAGCUGCGUUGAUAUCUGUGCGCGAAGUGCUGAGAAUAAGAGGAAAGAUGGAAGAGAGAAAGUCACAUACAUUCCGUUAAUAAACUAUUUAUUGUA